GGCAGCUACAGUCGAACAUCAGUUCUAAUCCAAAAGUAGUUCAUUCGUUUCACUAAAUUCAUCACCACGAUGAUUCACCGGUCAAGCUUGUGGCUGCUCAUCUUGCUGGUUGUCAAUGGAGUUUGGCUGGGAAGUGCCCAAGUUCCAUUUCCCGGCAAGUGUCCGGAUGUCAAAGUUGUUGACCCCUUCGAUGUGGAGGAGUACCUGGGUGUCUGGUAUGAGUACGCAAAGUAUCCAUUUUCCUUUGAGAUCGGUAGGAAAUGCAUCUCCGCCACCUAUGGUUUAUUAGACGAAAGCACCGUGUCUGUGCUCAACGCGGGUAUAUCUCAACUCACUGGACAGCCCUCGAAUAUAACUGGAACAGCCAAGCUCCUUGGACCUGGUCAAUUGGCAGUAGAAUUCUUUCCCGGCCAGCCGCAAACGGAGCCUAACUACUUGGUUUUGGGCACCGACUACGAAUCAUAUGCCGUUGUCUAUAGCUGCACUAGCGUUACUCCCUUUGCCAAUCUUAAAUUAGUUUGGAUCUUGACUCGUGAACGUGUACCUUCAACGGAGACCAUUGAUAAGGCCGAGAAGAUCUUGGUAGAUAAUAAUAUAUCGCAGGCACCUCUCGUCCAAACUGCUCAGAAGAACUGCUCCGAACAGUAGAUGAUGCUAUGGAUGUGGAUGACUUCGUCACCAUUGUGGUGCCAAAAGCCAUCAAAAUUAUGUUACUUAAACUGCAAUUAUUCAAGUGUAAAAAUGUCGAUAUUUGAAUGUUCUUAAAUGUGAGAAAUAAAAGCAAAGAAAUCAAUGGA